GUGCCUCCUCGACGUACCGUGUUUUGGUAUAUCGCCUUACCCAAGUAAACAUGAAAACCAAAGUUAUUCUGUUGUUGUUUGCGUUUUACUUUCUUGCCGAAGGCAUCAGGUACGACGACUUCUCCGACGAGGACAGCGACGAGGAAUACGAUCAAGAGGAACCGCGAAACUUCCGCUUCAAUCGGCUCAACUCCCUCCGGAAGUACCUGUUAAAAGAUGGAGAGAAUCGUCGAAACGUCAACGGUGAUGAAUUGGAGAAUUGGAAAGGUCGCUGGAUGCCUGACAGACCGACCGAUCCACUCCCACCGCCCAAGGUGUUUGGGAAAAACUACGAACCGGAAGUCUACCGAUCGUCGCAUCUCCUUCAUAAUAUCCCGAUGGGGCAACCCUCGGCUACCUGUGACGAUGCCAAGACCAACUUGACGGUGGAUUGGGAUGGCAGUCCAAUCAAUUACACGUGCUACGACAAAAGGAUUCUACCGGACAGAAGAACGCCGGCCUUAAAAUAUACGGUACUCGUUCCAAAGAAUUACGUGGCUAUGCACAAAUGCAUGAACGAGAGGAUAGAGUACAACGACGACGUGCCGUUAUUCGGAGCCCACAGACCUCUAUGGCCCGUCUACGGUGAAUAUAAGUUUCUACCGAAACAACGCUGGUUGCACAGCCUGGAGCACGGAGCCGUUGUGAUGUUGUAUCAUCCUUGCGCCAAUCCGUUGGAGGUGAAACGUCUAAAGGAUCUAGUUACCGGCUGUCUGCUACGACACGUGAUUACUCCUUACAACGCGCUCACCGAGGAUCGUCCGUUAGCGUUGCUCGUUUGGAGACGCCGACUGACGAUGUCGUACGUGAAUCCUAAACUGGUGAUCCAGUUCAUUCGCGAACACGCGCUUCAAGGACCAGAGAACAUCCCGAGGGAUGGCGAUUUCAAGGAGGGUCUGUUGAACAGAGCCAGAACUGUUUCGGAUCUCGAUGACACGAGCUUGUGCCCGAACGCGAACGGUCUUUAACCCGUUCGUUCUUCUUCCAGCUAUGACUUCCUCUAUACAUACAGUUGUAUACCCACUCUUUUGCAUGUACAUAUCGCCUUUCUUCGACCAUUAUUUAUUUAUCGUACCUUGUUCGCUUCUUUUCUUCUUCUUCUUGUUCUUCUUCGUUGGUGGUCAUAAGACCAGAACAGAAGAUUAAAUAAAAGGAGAUCGAUAA